AUGUGGCGCUUCUCUCUGCGCCUCACUUCUUACCACCCACUGCCUGUACCUACCAGACUAGUUCGUCUCGCACAUACGAUGUCCAAAGACUUCAUCCGCGUCGCGCCGUACAGCGCACUACAGACACAUUCGCGCUUUCACCUGAACCUGCGCUCAAGAGAAGGAGUGUACCACUCCCUCAUACUCUUCCGCCUCUCCGAUGGACCAGGUCUCGAACGCGACGCCGCGCCUCUCCUCGCCCAUCCGUCAAAUACCGAACUCGAGGCAAAGGGACAACGCAGACAGCUCUACGCGAUGGAAUCCGCCUGCCCGCACCUCGGCGCCGACAUGUCGCACGCAGACAUCGAAGAAUACGACGGCGGACCCGUAGCAGUCUGCCCCUGGCACCGCUACGACUUCGACCUCUCCACGGGCGAAAGCAUGUCCGGCCUCCGCGCGUGCACAUACGAAGUAAACCUGCGCGGCGACGACGAGGAAGUCUGGGUCGAAGCCCCACGUGAGGGAAGGGACUGGACCGUCGUCGAGCUACGGCCCGUAUCCGAGGCGUUCGCCGAUCCACCGCCCGCGACGGCGAAGCUCGCAUCGGCACUUGACGGCCUCUCAUUAUCCGGCGCACCGAAAUCCGUUGCGGAAGAACCCGUUACCCCGUCGGCCAACGCGCCCAAGACACUGAUAGACUGGGCCAUCCUGAUCCUCAACACGCCCGACCCCUCGCUCAAAGUCGCCCGCACGCGGCACGCCGUGCACCUCUUCCGCACCGCCCAGCUCCUCUCCAUCGGCCACAAAUCGCCUAAUCCCCGCCGCCCGCCCGACGUGCCCCCGCGCCACGAGCAGUACCUCGCGAACGUCGUCGACCCCGCCGCGACGGCGCGACGGCGGAACAGAGUCGGCAUGCUGCACGCGCUCGCGAAUAUCGAGCAGUGGGCCGUGGACCUCGCGUGGGACAUUAUCGCGCGGUUCGGGCCGCUACACAAAGAUCUGCCCGCAGCGUUUUUCACGGAUUUUACGCGGAUGGCGCUGGACGAGUCCAAGCAUUUCAGUUUACUCUGCUCGAGGCUCGCCGCGCUGGCGCCGGAUACGCCGUACGGCUCGCUACCGGUGCACGCGGGGCUAUGGGACUCGGCGCGCGCGACGUUCCCGUCGCUCCGCUCGCGGCUUGCGAUCAUACAUCUCGUGCAUGAGGCGAGGGGGCUGGAUGUGAACCCCGGUACGAUUGAAAAGUUUAGGAGGAGCGGGGAUAGGGAGAGUGUGCAGGCGCUCGAGGUUAUACAUGCGGACGAGGUCACGCAUGUUACGACGGGCCAUCGGUGGUUCGUGUGGUGUUGUGAGAGGGAGGGGUUGGAUCCGGUGGAGACGUUUAGGGAGGAGGUUCGGAAGGGGUUUAUGGGCCACAUCAAAGGGCCGUUCAAUGCGCCCGCGCGCGAGACGGCUGGAAUGACGCCGGCAUUCUACGAGGAUCUGAAGGGCGAGAUGACGCUCGAUGAGUGGAACGUCGCUUCGAAGACUGUCGGUGCUACUGCUGGGCCUUCAGAAGGAGCGGCGCUCGACCGGGAUGGCAAAGGGCAGAUAGGUUAUGAAUCCUAA